AUCGGUUGUUUCUCUCUGUGGAGGUCCCUGGGGCAGCGCACGAGGCCGGGUAGGUACAGAUUGCAAGAUGAAUUUGGAGAUAAAAGGUGUGGCGGCAAGUCCUCGGGGUCAGACUCGUGUUACAUCCAAAUCUGAUCUUGCCAAGGGUUGGCGGGCACAGUCACACGCUUCAGAAACACGGCCUCAGGAGGUACCUUCACUAGAUCUUGGAAAGCUUGGAGAUUCUGAUGAUGAGGACACGUAUGUACCUUUAAGUAAGGCGUACCCAAGAUUUGGCCCUCCAGAUUCAUCCUCAACUGUCAGUUGGGGGACACCUAUGCACACUCCAUAUGCACAACAUGAUCAGAAACCACAGAUUUCUCUAACACAGUUGAAAACCGUUCCGGAGAAUUUACCGUCAGCAUCCGACAGAUUCCGCUUGAAGUAUCAGCAGUAUGAGGAGGAUAUGAAGAAUAGCUACAAGCAAUAUACGAUGAGAGAAAAGAAUAAACAGCAAUCUGCAAGACAGGAUAAUAGACAUGAGCAGGGUGGAAGACCUGAGGAUGGAGGUUUUGCUAUGACAACACCAUUUGAUGAUAAAGUCUACCUUCAGCGCUGCUACACCAGUAAACCGUACACAGCACAGCAUGGCCUGAGGAAGCUGGAAGCUGAGGACCUGGCUGCAGAGAGGAGGAAGCAAUCUGUUGUAGAGCAAGUUAUGAUAGACCAUCUUUCUAGGGCUGUUAUUAGUGACCCAGAACAAAACGUAAACGCGUCCUUUCUGAAUAAUCCUCAGCAAGACCUGACAUCUGCUCCUCUCCGCUUCAGGAAGAGAACGUUACACGAAACCAGGAUAAAAACAAGCUCAACGCUGACAGAAAAUAUGCUGUCCAACAAGCUGCGGUUUGAUGCACGAAUCAUAUGCAGAAAUGGCCGUGAUGCCUGCAGGGAGCUUAUUGGGUUCUUUUUCACACAUGACAAGUCAGUUACAAUCUACGAAUAUCGUCAGUUUGGCAAGAACAGAACAAAUGCAUUACCCUUCAUCCAAAAAGGAAUAUAUCUUCAUAAAUCUGGACGAAGAAGAGGAAAACCAUAUGAGAUUAAAGAUUUUUUUCCCGGAGCAGAUCUUACUUUCCUGACAGCAGAACAUCAAAGUCUUUCAGAAAGCUUAAGGCAAAACCCAGUACUUACCAUUCGAAUCACAGCUAUUGAUGAGGAAGCCUUGAAGUCCUUAAGGGAUAUUUGUGAAGGAAACAAGUUGGACCUAGGCGUUCACUGGAAUGAUGAAGAGAACAUUCUUUUGGCAGUGCAAGAUGUUAUGAAGGAGAAACUGAAGAAGAGAGGUGUUAGAACUUUAACAGGAUUAGGGAAAUACUUAAGACAACUUGACGGAAGUGGAUCUGGAUGUUUAGGAAAAGCAGAAUUCAAGCAGGCUCUUCAGCUGUACCACUUGGAUAUAUCUGAGAAGAUCUUUGAAUCCUUCUGGCUGAUCCUGGAUGAAAAUAAUAAAGGAAGAGUAGAUUGCGGAAUCUUUGUUCGGGCUCUUAUUGGGGAAAUGAAUGAGCACAGAAAAUCAUUUGUUCGAAAGGCUUUUAUGAAAUUGGAUCCUAAUAAAACUGGUUUGGUAUCUAUGGUAGACCUUAGAAAGUUUUACUGUGCCAAAAAACAUCCACAAGUUUUGGCAGGUUCUUCAUCAGAGGAGGAAAUAAAAUCUGCAUUUUUGGAAACAUUAGAGAAUGCUUGCAGUAAUCCCCAUGAAGUAUCCUACUGUGAAUUUGAAGAUUAUUAUGAAGGACUAAGUAUUGGCAUCAUGUCUGAUGAAGACUUUGUUAAUAUUUUAAGAAAUUCUUGGGGCAUAUAGGGUACUGUGCCUAGUACAAGUGACCUUCAGUAUGAUUUAUCCAGUUUUAAAGGAAAGAAUGUACUUUUAAUCUUUUUACAAGUAGAUUUACUCUACCACUGGGUGACAUUUUCAGUGCUUAAUCAAUUAAAUGUAGCAAAUUGGACUUCUGAUUUUAUGAGUUCUUGAAUCUGUUAUUUCACAUGUAAUUAUUCCUUUAAUUACUUUUGUACAAAGGUAUUUCAUUAAUUAUAUAUUUUAGAUAUAGAACAAUAACUUUUAGGCCUUUUUAUGCACACAGUUUAUGCACAUGCAAAAGCAAAAUCAGAUGUGGAUUAAAGAUCAGCGAAUUUCCUAAAAUUUGUUUCGGUCCGAAUCAUCCAUGGAAUUCAAUUCUAAUGCUAAUUGAUUCUUUGCAAAAAGAAAAUGUUGUAAAUACUUGGAAGCUAUCUGUCUUUCUCUCCCUCUCCUUUUGGAGGGCAAACAUGCUGUGACUAGCUGUUAAUUUAAAGGGAAUGUUUUUAUGUUAAACUUAUUUUAAAAAAUUUUUGGUAAUGUUAUUUGUAAUUUUCCAUGUCAGUAUCUAUAUUAAAAAAAAUCUAAAACCCUGCA